AUGCGGCUGUGUGCGGAUUACUCCACUGGGCUUAAUGCGGCACUCGUAACCAACAACUUUCCUCUCCCAACGCCUGAGAAAAUUUUCAGUAAGGUAUCCGGCAGUAAAAUCUUCAGCAUCAUCGAUCUGUCGGAUGCCUAUCUACAGGUGGAAGUCGACGACAAAUCCAAGAAGUUAUUGACAAUCAACACCCACCGCGGUUUAUUCCGUUUCAAUCGAUUAGCUCCAGGAGUCAAGUCAGCUCCGGGCAUUUUCCAGCAGCUGAUGUCGAAAAUGGUUUCCGGCAUACGCGGCGUUGAAGUGUUUCUCGACGAUAUUCUGGUGCAUAGCAAGACACUAGAGGAGCACAACCGAAUACUGAAUAUGCUUUUCCGGCGGUUGUUCGAAUAUGGAUUUCAUCUUCGCGCGGAGAAAUGUCGGUUGUACCAAGACCAGAUCAAGUACCUUGGUCAUAUCAUCAGUGCUAGAGGUAUUCAACCGGACCCAGCAAAAAUUGCAGCAAUUUUGAAAAUGCCCGCACCUACCGACGUCACAACAUUGCGCUCGUUUCUGGGUGCAGUCAAUUUCUACGGCAAAUUUGUACGCGAAAUGCACCAAUUACGGCAUCCAUUGGACAACCUGCUCAAAAAGGACACCAAGUUUGAAUGGAAUCUAGAAUGUGAAAACGCUUUCAGCAACAUCAAGCGCGUACUGCAAUCGGAGCUAUUGCUUACUCACUACAACCCGGAGCAAGAGAUCAUCGUAGCAGGUGACGCUUCCAAAACCGGAAUCGGUGCGGUAUAA